CAAGUCACUAGUGACUUUAGAUAAUCAUGAAGUUGUUGGUGUUUCUCGYUGUUGUUCCUUUGGUUUGGGCAGGUUGCGGGAAACGUCCCGCGGGCUCGCGGGUCAUGAAUGGUGAUAAUKCSGCACCCMAUGCUUGGCCAUGGCAAAUAUCUCUUCGUUCUGGACCCAAGCAGUACCACAUCUGCGGCGGGACUUUGAUUCGUCCAGAUUGGGUAGUGACCGCUGCACACUGUGUUGCAAAGAACCCAGAUGACCCAAGCCAAUUUAGUGUAAGAGUAGGGGCCCACAGGAGACAAGGAACGACCAGCGUUCAACAAAGUCUUCCCAUCAAAAGRAUYAUURUGCAUCCMGAGUAUAAGAACAAGAGAGGUGUAUUUAACGAUAUCGCUCUGAUUGAACUCAGUAAGCCGGCUGCUCUCAGUGACAAGGUUAACUUGGCUUGUCUACCCACUAAACACGUGACUCUAGGAUCCAAGUGCUACAUCACAGGAUGGGGUCGAAUGGAAAACGGUGCUGCAGCAGACUAUCUUCAGCAAGCUGUACUCCCCCCGGUUUCACAAGAAACCUGUAGAAAGAAAUGGAAAGUUGAAUUUAAGCCACAUCUAUGUGCAGGCGAAGCAAAGUGGGGUACUACAGGGGGUUGCCAGGGAGACAGUGGUGGCCCCUUAGUGUGCGAGGAAGGUGGUCGAUGGGUUCUACAUGGCGCUGUUAGUUAUGGCUUGAAGUAUUGUGGCUCGGCUUACUACACUGUUUUUGCAAGGGUCUUCACUUACAUAGACUGGAUUAAUGGUUACUUAGGAAUAGGUCCAUUACCGAGCGGACGACCCACCCCGCCUGUUCCAGAGACGACUCC